CUGAUCGCCCCCCAGAGCGAGAGGGAGGGGGGCGCACCCGGAGCAGCCCGUCGUUUUGAUCGGCGUUUGUCUCCACCCCACCCCGUCCCCGCGAGGAGCACGAACAAGACCCCAGCAAUGGCGCCGAUCUCGAGAGCCUCCGUAGUAGUCCUUGUGGCGGCCGUCGCUGACGUGCUCGCCUCCGCGGCCAACGCCGAGGCGCCCGCCCCGGCACCAACCAGUGACGGAACAAGUGUGGACCAGGGAAUCGCCUACGUGCUGAUGCUGGUGGCGCUUGUCCUCACCGACCUCAUCCACCCCUUGGACGCCUCCUCCGCCUACAGGCUCUUUUGA